AUAAGCCAUGGAGUAAGGAGAGGGAGAAAGCGAGGUAACGGUGGGGAACACAAAGAGGGGCCAAAUACUCCCCUCAUAAAUCGUCGCUCUUUCUUUCUCUUUCUCAAAAGCGCUCUUCCCUUUCCUUUCAUUGUUGUUGUUCCGUAGUAUUUCUUUUAUUUUUCUUUUUUGAUUUCCAAGAGACUCUCAUAUUUAUAGAAAGAGAGGACCCAAACGCACCGUAUAUAAGCAUGAGCAGCUCUUCCGCCUCUUCUCGCAAGGCACUAAGUAAAAUUGCAUGCAAUCGGCUGCAAAAGGAACUGGUAGAGUGGCAGGUCAACCCUCCUUCUGGUUUCAAACACAAAGUCACUGAUAAUCUUCAAAGGUGGGUGAUUGAAGUAAAUGGAGCUGCGGGAACUUUGUACACCAAUGAAACCUAUCAGCUUCAAGUGGAUUUCCCUGAACAUUACCCUAUGGAAGCUCCCCAGGUGAUAUUUCUUCAACCGGCACCUCUCCAUCCACAUAUUUAUAGCAAUGGCCAUAUUUGUUUAGAUAUCUUAUAUGAUUCAUGGUCCCCAGCCAUGACAGUUAGUUCUAUCUGUAUCAGCAUUCUCUCCAUGCUAUCAAGCGCAACUGUGAAGCAAUGCCCUGAAGACAACGAUCGCUAUGUAAAGAACUGUAGAAAUGGUCGAUCUCCAAAGCAGACCAGGUGGUGGUUCCAUGAUGACAAAGUUUAACGGCAUCAACAUCUUCCUAGUUUAAUAUCUAUAGAUUUAGUCAAACAAAUUCCACUUUUGAGGAAAAACAAAACAAAAGGAGAAAGCAUUUUUCCAGUCAAAGGUAAAUGCUUAAUAACUCCUGUGAAUGGUUAUUAUAUGCUGGUAUUUCGUAAAAGAAAGGUAAAAAGUUUAAAAGACUUUCUUUAGCAACUUGUAAGGAACAAAGCUCACUCAACUAAUAGUGUUAAACCCGUGUGGGGAAUGCUUGGUGUACUGUAAGCAACAAGCACAUGAAUGAAAAACCAUAUCUUCCUAAAACAA